CGGACGCGACCGCCGCCACGCGCAUUUCCGUUUUUCCAGCGACGCGGACGGACGAGACGACGCCGAGCAGCUAGGAUUUUUGCGCGGUGAAUUUGUGUGUUCUGCGGGAAGAGAAGUUGGGGAGAUGAUGGAGGAAGGGAUGGCGGUGGCGGAUCUGCGGGAGAUGGUGCGUCUGCCGGAUGUUCUGGUGGUAUGCACAUCUGUUGGAUGGACAAAUGAAAAACACAUGCUCUAUCUUAGCUUAUUGGAAGAAUCUUUCUUAAGCCAAUUACAUGACAGUGAAUACAGUUUCAAGAAGCUGUUCAAUCACUCUUCAGGUGCUUGUAUACAUAAAGUGUCAUCCAAGGGACAUGUUAAAAACACAAAGGCUGAACAGGAACAUAUGGAUGUAGAAGGAGUUGACAGAGCUGAAUCUUGGAUAAAGGUUGAACAUGUCAGAUCACCUUGUGCACAAUCUUCAAUGUGCCAUUUAGGCAAGAAAAUACAUUCCCCUUCUAGGAGUGCAGAGGGUUCAGAUCAAAACUUCGUUGAUGAGGAGACAAAAGGAAGCGGACAACCAACUGGCCGAUGCAGCAAAAAACGACUGAAGUCAACUGCUAUUGCAAUGGAUCAUCAAGUGGUUCCAUCUGUGGAGGCAGAGUUACAGGAAGCAAGAGAAAAGGAUAAAGAUCCAUGCCGACUUAUCGGAAGUGGAUGCUAGGUUGCUGGAUGCUGAAGCUGGGUCAUCUUCCUUCAAAGGUGACUGACCAAAAGAAUAAUUCCUAUCCAUGGAGUGAUCAGCUUGACUAACACACUCACCUAGUAACUGAGAUCUAGGUCAUAGAGGAGAACUCACGUAGUGCCUGAUGGAUAGUAGGAGCACCCAAGUUUGUUUAAGGUUGGUAGACUUUUAGUCUUGAACUACUCAAGUUUCCAAGAUAAGAUGGUUUUGUUCGGUGUGUAGCUUUUCCAACUCUUGAUAAUAGUUACUAUUAGGAAGCCGAAGUGUUCUGUUUAGAUCCUAGAAAAGUUUUGUUUCGUGUAACUGUGACAAGCAUAAACUAGCUUUUUUGUGUGUACGUAGUCAGUGAAUAGCCUAAUACUACUAUAAUUCAGAAAUAUGUACUCCUACCAAUGUCUGAUCAGCAGGAGGUUUGCAUGGUUUUGCAUUUGCCGAAGAACCAUAUUUGUAUUUGUCCCUAGACAGAUGAAAUCCCCAAGGUUUC